AUGGCAUCAAUCUACAGCUGCAAAGAAUGUGGAGCCGAUCUGAACCUCCACACGAUCCAUCUUUUCCCGCCGGACUAUUACUUCGAAGCAGGCAACAAAGGCUCUCUUUCCUUCGCCAUGAUUGAUUCUUCCAAAUUCAAUUUUCAGAAAGAAAACAAGUUUGUCCCUUUUUUUGAGACGGUCAAUUACUGGGGUAUACACCGGAAUCGGACCAAGCUUAAGUGCAAAAGCUGCGGUUUCCGGGUCGGUUAUGUGUACGAUGAUGGGCCACCGAUGACUGAUCAUCCGGGUCAAUUCCAUAUGGGGCCUAGUCAAGUUAUUCCCAGAGCUCCGAGGUAUAGAUUCAAGACCAAGGCGUUAAAGAUCACUUCGGAAACUUGA